CGGAGCCAGCAUUCACCUGUCUCAGCAAAUCCUCCAUCUCUCACCCAGACUGUGCCUCAGCAGUAGCCAGUCACCAGUGGUCUUCACACGCCAGUCCGGACCCUUUGCUCACCUUCAGAUCAACUCAAAGCAAUGGAGGAACAAUCUCCUUGGGGUGAGGAUGGACUGGAAGAAGAUGAUGAGGAUUUGGAAGAGAAUGAGGCAGAGAGCUCUGGAAGACUGCCUCACUCUGGAAAGGCCAACAGCUUUUUGACAAAGAGGGGCAUCACUCUGAGAGUACUCCUGAAAGAUGGCCUGAUAGAGCCUGGCCAAGGGGUUCUGUCUAUUCUAUACUUGGGAAAGAAGUUUCUUGGUGAUCUCUUACUGGAUGGAAAAAUUAUUUGGCAGGAGAGUGGUCAAGCCUUCAACUCUCCCAGUGCAUGGGCCACACACUGCAAACGUCUAAUUAACCCUGCCAAGAAAUCUGGCUGUGGAUGGGCAUCAGUACGGUACAAGGGACAAAAAUUAGACCAGUAUAAAACUGCAUGGUUGAAACAGAAUCAGCUUCAUGGGUCAAUGACUGAAGGCAGUGCAUUAAGUGAAGGGGAAGAAUAUGAUCUACUUGAAGAAGAGGGAGAUGUGGACUCUAGAUUUGGAAAGAUAUGCAACAUGGAACCAAAUGGAGGCAAAAAAGAACAAGAUCUGAGAUGCAGCCAAGUUGAAAGUCGGACACCUGUGAAAUUUUCCACCCUGGGUAGCCGAGAUUCAGCAAGGGAUCCACACACCUUGGUUCAGCUUACCUCUUUUAUGGCAUUAAACAAGUUCCAGCCUUUUCAUGUGUCUAUUUCCAGUAAGGCUCUCCUUUUGUUGGAUUUUCACAGCCACUUGACACGCAGUGAAGUAGUGGGCUACCUUGGUGGGCGCUGGGACACCAACAGUCAGUUGCUGACUGUGCUGCGUGCCUUUCCUUGUCGCUCUCGCCUGAAGGACACAGACACUGCUGCAGCAGUAGAAGAAGAGAUCUAUCACAGUCUCUUCCUACGUGGUCUGUCUUUGGUUGGCUGGUAUCAUAGCCAUCCCUUUAGUCCAGCAUUGCCAUCCCUGCAGGACAUUGAGUCUCAGAUGGAUUAUCAGCUAAAACUACAGGGCUCAGACAACAGUUUCCAGCCAUGUUUGGGCUUGAUAUGUGCCCCAUACUUCCGUGGAAAUCAUGGAGUCCAGUCUACAAUUUGUCCAUUCUGGGUUAUGCCUCCAGCUGAGCAUCGUCCAAAUGAUUAUGGAAUUCCUAUGGAGGUUGAAGUAACAUUUGUACAGGACAGCUUUCUAACUAAUGACAUUUUGCAUGACAUGGCUCUGUUGGUUGAGUUUUAUAAAGGAGGACCUGACCAGAUUACAUUACAGGAUCCAUGGAAUGAAGAUAAUACUUUCUUGGACAAAAUAAAGGCAUCAUUGGCUGCCCGUAUUCCUAAGGAUGCUGGAUUUGAGGCUGUUCUAGACCAAAUUUAUAGAGUUAUUUCCUAGUUGGGGUGACUGCAGAACAUCCCAGGUGUGGCUUCUGGGGUCAUUAUUGGGGAAUAAAUAAAGGCCUCAGUCAGUGUCCCAGCCUGCUGAUCCUCCUGAAAAGUAUAGUUAGCGCCCAGAUGGGUAGGUGUUUUCUUUGAUGUUUUAUGUUAUUAUUUAUGUGCUGUGGCUUCACCCCAAGUGACGUUAACUUGGACGCCCUGUAUUUUGCUGGAUGCCUUUCGUGUUUGAGGAAAAAUAAACAUUGUUUGGAUCUUCAA